AUGGACAACGCGAUGAUUGAACUCAUCUGCAGUGUGAUGGUCGUCGAUCCAAAGAUCACCUUUGCACUUCAUCGUCAGCGACAUUCCGCCGUGUUUUGCAAGGGCAUGGUACAUCUGGAGGUAUGGCUCAACGAGAUAUGUGGAAAUAGUUACAGAAACAUAUUCAGCUUCUUUCGCAAAAAGCAAGAGUCAGGAAAUACACACACCCCACCGGUUCUCAGCGAAGAUGAUCUGUUUCAUCCGUUCUCCAACUCACCAUUUCCAGCCGUGAAAGCGCGCGGGCAGGUCGUCCAGUCCUUGGCGCCUUGUCCAGCCCAGCCUCGCGCAGUCAGCUUCGAAUGUCCAGACUGUGGAUGGCCAUCGCAUUGUUCAGAAGAACACUGGGAGUUGGAUGAGGAGCACAGGAAGUACUGCUCAAGGCUUAGGGAGGUCAACGAAGACGAACAUGAUCUUAGAAGUGGAAGAAAGAUGCACGAAUUUCAAAUGCCUGGGCCACAGGCAUAUGAAGAGGCUAUCUCCUUCGCGAACUGGGAUGUCUUCUGGUACACGCGUGGUUUCCCUUCGAUGGAUACCGAGCGUUCACGGCGACACGCGAGCAAACUGUUGACUUACCCUCUGACAAUAGGUUCUAUUCUACAUCAGAAUAGCGGCCUGACUUUGAGCAACCAACGCGUGACUCCCGAGGGAAGUCGAUCUCUGGCAGCUCUUCGUACUACUUUACAUGUCCCUCCUGGUUCUCCCGAUACGGAAGAAGCAGGAGCAUCAAAACCUCAGAUGCGCAUCUUUAUCCUUGGAGCGCGGGCAGAAUCAUCACUGCCGCCACACGUAUGGGAACAGCUCUGCAUGCUCUUCCCUUCGUGCCAUUUCCAUCUUCACUUCAUAGGACCGUCCUCGAUCGAGUUGUUCGGCGUCCCUUCAUAUACCGUUCCUUACACUCCACAGCUCACUAUCACCGGCAUGCAAGCCACCUAUAUGGAAGUGCAUCAACAAUUCCAGGAUACUUUCGAUCCCUACACCGAUCUUUUCGUACUUUUCUCCCCCGGAUUUGGAUUCCCCUCGCCAAGUUCUGUUUCUGAGCUAGAUGGCCAACCUCUGUUGCAGAUAGCUUCUCCAACAGAGUGGGGACCCGUUAUUCCUGCUCUUUUGGCGACGCGAUGCCCGAUUUUCGUGACAGGCUUCUCUCCUGCCGAUGUUGAGAGGGACAUUCGCUCGAUCGAGACCGCUCCAGAAGUUGCGGGCGAGUUUGACUGGGUGGUCACUCCCGGACCGAACGCCUUUGGAAGUGAAAAAUGGGAGGUGGCCGAUUUUGAUCCAAGGGUCAUGGUAAAAACGAAUUGGGGAGUGUGGGGUAUUAGAGGUAAAGGUAGAGAAGUCAGGGAGAAAUCUGGCUUUAGCUUGUUUUAA